AUGAAAGAAAGCUCGAUAGUCUUUGUCAACACCGAUGAAUUAUUCGAGUUUCCUCGUCUAGUCAGCCGCAAAAUUCUAUUUGUCGGGGGAAUAGCUGUUCCUGAACCAUCAACAUUUAGUGAGGAUUAUCAACAACUUAUGGAUCAUUCUGAGCGUGGCGUUGUCUUAGUAUCGUUCUGGACAGUGGUCAAGAGCAAAGACAUGAGUAAUGAUGAGAAAAAGAUAUUCGAAAAUGCGUUCCAACAAUUGCCUGAGGUAACUCAUUUCGGAAGUGAAAUUUGA